CACCAACAGCUGCCCUGCUUCUCUCUUCAUCUACCUCUCCGUCUCUCUGUUGCUCUCCUUCUUUCUCUCAUCGGUCUGUGAGUGACAGCACAUGUGCUGGGGUACAUGGGAGGGCCGCUGCUGAAAUUCUAGCCCCUUACCCCACGACUGUGAGACAUACCCCAGCUAUGGACAGGGAGGAGCUGUGAGAGACAAACGCUGGGAGAGGAGAAGAGGGGGAGAGAGAGACGCCGAGAGCAAGAGGGUUAGAGAGGAGGACAGAGAGUGGCAGGUUUCAGGGUUGGAGAGUUUGGCCUUUUUCGCCCAGUAGAGCCACUCAGGAGCCCAGGUCUUAGUGGAGGACUCUCAGAUCUGACAGUCAUCAGAGGUCUGUUCAUACUGAGCUUCUGAGUGCAGGCACUGAGGAUGGCGGUGCGGAUGUUGAUGGUGUGUGUGCUCGGCGCCCUGCUUUGUCAGGUGUGGAGCUCUGCAGAACCUCAUCACGAAGACAAAGAGCAACAUCCUCAGGCCCUUUACCCAUGGAGAAAAGGCAAGGGAGUGGUCAGGGUGAAGAGGGACUGGAUCAUCCCUCCAAUCAGAGUGCUGGAGAAUAGCAAGCAGGUUCCUGAAGACCUUGUCCAGAUCAAAUCGGACAAAAUCUUUACAGGUGAGGUGAUCUACAAGUUGGAGGGACCGGGGGUGGACCAGGAGCCCAAGAAUCUGUUUGAGAUUGAUGAUAAAACGGGAGUAAUCAGGAGCAAGCGGCCGCUGGACAGAGAGAGAUACAACACCUUCACGCUGAAAGCCUUUGCACUGUCGCCAAGUGGAGAGAGACUUGAGAAUCCAACCACCAUAGAGAUAGUGGUGCUGGAUCAGAAUGACAACAGACCCGCCUUCACCCAGAGCCAGUUUGUUGGCACCGUCUCUGAGUUCUCAGUCCCAGGCACCUCAGUGAUGUCAGUGUCAGCCACUGAUCAAGAUGACCCGACGACAGAAAACGCUUUCCUGAGCUACUCCAUCAUCAGUCAGGAGAGCAUUCCUGCCAACGCUGUUACCAAGACUAUGUUUGGCAUCAACAACGAGACAGGAGCCAUCUACACAAGAGAUGUAGGCCUGGACCGAGAGGUGGUGAAAGGUUUCCGGUUAAAACUUCAGGUUGCUGAUAUGGGGGGCAUGGGACUGACAGCUGAAGGUGUGGCAGUCAUACAUGUAGCUGACAUUAACAACCACGCCCCACAGUUCAGCCCAGACUCGUACAGUAUGACAGCAGUGGAGAACUGGAAGGACUAUGAGAUCGGCCGGGUGAAUGUGACAGACAGAGAUGAUCGUGGAACAGGAAACUGGGAGGCCAGAUAUUUCAUCACCAACGACCUUGACGGCAACUUUGCCAUCAGUACGGAUCCUGCCACCAACGAGGGCGUUCUGACAGUGGUGAAGCCUCUGGAUUACGAAGCACAGCACGAGUAUGUCCUGAUUCUGACGGUGGAAAAUGUCAAUCGUCUAAGCAGCAAGGCUCCCAACCUGCCCGUGAGCACGGCUACAGUUAUGGUGACUGUCGUGAACGAGAACGAAGCUCCACGUUUCAGGGAGGACCCCAUACACAUCGUGGUCCCUGAGUCUGUGGCUCCUGGGACUUUGCUGAAAGGCAACAUCGCCUUUGACCCUGAUAACUCUGACCUGAGGUAUGAGAUCAGCAGAGAUCCUGAGAGGUGGCUGGACAUCAACAAAGAUACAGGAGACAUUACUGCCAGGAGAACAUUCAACAUGCGAUCUCCAAAUGUUAGAAAAAAUAUCUACACUGCUGUUGUCAAGGUUACAGAUGCUGAUGGUGUGUCGACCUCCGCCACAGUGUCCAUCACACUAAAGGAGACCAAUGACUUCCCCCCUCAGCUCUUCCCUCUGAGCGGCACUAUAUGUAAGGAUGCAGGCCGGAGGAGUUCUGGUCUGAUUGUCACUGCGGUGGAUGAAGACCUUCCUCCCCAUGCUGCACCCUUCGCCUUUGAGAUGCCUGAUGAUCUGUCAGUCAACUGGACUGUUAUUCAAGUCAACGAUACUCACGCUGUGCUUCAGCCCCUCGUAGAGCUGGAAACAGGAGAGUACGCCGUCACAGUGUCUGUGUCAGACUCCGGCAGCCCAGUUCUGAGUGCUUACGCUCAGGUUAAUGUCACCGUGUGUCUCUGCGACUCCUUCGGAGACUGUAAGUCUGAGGCCGGGGCUGUCCUGGGCUCCACUGUGGGGAUCAGCUUCAUCGCUCUCAUCAUCAUCAUGGCCUGCAUUGCGCUCCUACUGUUGCUGCUUCUUCUGGCCGUGGCGAUGACCAGCUGUGGGCAACGCCACCAUAUCAAGAAAGGAACAGGUCUGCUAGUCGGGGAAUCAGAGGACGACGUCCGAGACAAUGUUUUCAACUAUGAUGAGCAAGGCGGGGGAGAGGAGGACGAGAAUGCCUUUAACAUCGACCUCCUGUGGAAUCCCCAUGAUGCACCUUCCACCCCGGGGUCUUACUACCCUGGUGUUCCUCGAGGCAAGCAGCCCCUCAGGAGGGAUGCCCCGCAUAACCUGCCCUCACCUACUUACCCACGGAGGCCUCCGGCAGAUCCCACUGACAUUGAGGACUACAUCAAUGAUGGCCUGGAGGCUGCAGACAACGAUCCCAAUGUGCCUCCAUACGACACAGCCCUGAUCUAUGACUAUGAGGGAGAGGGCUCUCUGGCAGGCAGCCUCAGCUCCAUCGCCUCAGGCAGCUCUGACGGAGACCAGGACUACGACUACCUCAACGACUGGGGACCACGCUUUCAGAAACUGGCUAACAUGUAUGACCCACGUUAAGGUGGACAGCACCCCACAGAAAUAUGACCCGUGUGCUCCACCACCAGUUAGGGACACAGAUCAUGCCUCAGGUGUUUUUUUUCUGGACACAUUUGAAAAGAUUUUAAGUCCAGGACGAGAUUUGAGAUGUGCCAAGGAGAAAUAAAUGCGAUAUAAAACCACAGGCCUUUAAUCGAAUGUGCCUUAGGUUUUAUUGACGAUCAUCUGGACACAAGUGAUAAAAUGGCUCUUUGCAAAGUUUUGUGGUGAGCUCAGGAGAAGUAAACGAGACAGUAAAAUUGUGAAUUGAUCAGCAACGAGGAAAGAGAGGAGCCGUGCAUGCUUCAAGGCAGAACAGAAUGUGUGUUGAAAUGAUUGUCCAUGUCUGGUUGUGUUUAUCCUCAGACUUGGAUCGCUCAGUAAUGACGCAUACAACAAGCCUGAGAUUGUUUAAAAAAAAAAAAAAGUCUUUAUGUAUUUCUUUUUUUAUAUAAGUGAUUAUUUUAUAAGGUAAAUUUGCUUUGAUAUUGAUUUUGUUUGUUUUUCUUUUUUUGAUCACAAAUCCUCCAUUCCAGCAUCUGUUGAUCCUUUUUGGUAAAAAAAAUAUUACACAACAAAACAAACUGUACCACACAAUAUCCUGUAGUCACAUAGUUUGGAGGUGAAGACUUUGAAUUAUGUUUUUUUUUUCUUUUUAAUAUGUUCAUUGACUUUAGAUUUUACCAGUGUCUACAGAAUAAAUGUAAAUCUUUUAUUUA